CAACAAAACAGAAACUGGUCAGUCAUACAUUUGUUGUGAGUGCCAUCCGCGUUCUUUGAUUUGGAAUAACUUCGGUUGCAUAUAGGCACCUUGUUUCAUAUAAUCUCGCAAGGAGAAUACACAACGAAGCAAGAUGAGUUCAAGACAAGUUUUACAAGUUUUUGAACAGUAUCAGAAGUCUCGUACACAGUUUGUCCAAACUAUAGCCGAGUUGUCGUCACGGCCGCAAAACAUUGAGAUAUUGCAAAAUGCCGGUGUGAUGUCCUUGUUGCGUCCUUUACUUUUGGAUAUUGUACCAACAAUACAACAAACCGCAGCAUUGGCUCUUGGACGUUUGGCUAACUAUAAUGAUGAUCUCGCCGAAGCUGUUGUCAAAGGAGAUAUCCUGCCACAGUUAGUCUAUUCGUUAGCUGAACAAAAUAGAUUCUAUAAGAAGGCCGCUGCGUUUGUAUUGAGAGCUGUUGCUAAACAUUCACCACAGCUAGCUCAGUCUGUUGUUGAUUGUGGUGCUCUGGAUGCAUUGGUUAUCUGUUUAGAAGAGUUUGAUCCUGGUGUUAAGGAGGCAGCUGCUUGGGCUUUAGGAUACAUUGCAAGACAUAAUGCAGAGUUGUCUCAGUCUGUGGUUGAUGCUGGUGCAGUACCUCUGCUAGUGUUGUGUAUCCAGGAACCAGAAUUAUCUUUGAAACGUAUUUCCGCAUCAGCACUCAGUGAUAUUUGUAAACAUUCACCUGAGUUAGCACAGACUGUUGUCGAUGCUGGAGCCAUUGCCCACUUAGCACAGAUGAUUCUUAAUCCUGAUGCUAAACUAAAGAGACAGGUAUUCUCUGCACUAAGUCAGAUUGCCAAGCACUCUGUUGAUUUGGCUGAAAUGGUCGUAGAAGCUGAGAUAUUCCCUGCUGUAUUGACUUGCCUAAAGGAUAUAGAUGAAUACGUUCGUAAGAACACUGCAACACUUAUUCGUGAGAUUGUGAAACACACCCCUGAAUUGGCGCAAUUGGUGGUGAAUGCAGGUGGUGUGGCUGCUGUCGUUGACUAUGUGGGAGAAUCUAAAGGCAAUGUACGCUUACCAGGAGUCAUGAUGCUCGGUUAUGUAGCUGCUCAUUCAGAAAACCUAGCCAUGGCUGUUAUUGUCUCUAAGGGUGUGACACAGUUAGCUAUAACUUUGGCGGAGGAGCCUGAAGACCACAUCCAGGCAGCAGCAGCCUGGGCAUUGGGACAAAUUGGACGCCACACACCAGAGCAUGCUAAAGCAGUAGCUGUUGCUAAUGUCUUGCCAAAGUUAUUACAGUGUUAUCUACGUGCUGAUGCUUCAGAAGAUUUGCAGACCAAGUCAAAGAAAGCUUUGAAGAAUAUCCUACAGAAAUGUGUACACCUACCAGCUUUAGAACCUUUACUACAUGAUGCUCCAGCCAACAUUCUUAAACACGUUGUUGGUCAGUUCAGUAAAGUGUUACCACAUGAUGCUAAAGCCAGAAGACUAUUUGUUACAAGUGGUGGUCUCAAGAAGGUGCAAGAGAUCAAAGCAGAACCUGGUAGUGCACUUCAUGAAUAUAUUAACACAAUCAACAACUGCUAUCCAGAAGAAAUUGUCAGGUACUACUCACCAGGAUACUCAGAACAGCUUUUGGAGAGAGUAGAACAAUACCAACCAGUAGCUUAAAUGCAUACAUCAAUAACACCACCACCAGGAAGAAAACAAUAUUUUGUAAAACAAUGUUUUUCAUAAAUUGUACAGAAAGUAAAAUAAAGAAACCAUUUUAACAUUCAAUGUAUUCUUGUUUCUGCCAUAACCAUACAAGUUUGGUUAUUUAUUUGCUUAUGAAUCCCUCCGCAAGUUCACAAAGGUGUACAGUAGCCAUGUUGGGAUUAAACACAUCACGUACCAUAGAGGGACAGAUUUGAUACAAACACUUUCAAACUUUGUAUUUUUAUUGUAAUUUUUGACUGAACAAAGACGAUUUGAUAUUUAGAGAUUCCAAUUGUAGGAAAUGCUUUCAGUCACUUUGUCCAAUGUACUUUGGAUGGCUAUUCUAUUUCCUUUGUAUAUACCCGAUAUUAUACCAUAUCCAGUGUUUGUUCCAUUUUGUUAGUAAUAAAUAAUGUGUAUACUACUAUAAACAUUAUGCUGUUAUUUUGUACAAUGAAAAUGGUUGUCAUGUAUUAAAAUUGUUGGCAAAGUUUAGUUGAAAGCCCUUUCAACUCGACUUUACAUACCUUAAUAUGCUGAAAACUCAAUCACAACCGAAUCCACAGAACUGCUCAUGGCGUUCGGCAAGGCAGAUAUGUUGCAAAUACCGUAGCUGUUCAUUUAUUCAGUACUUGUAAAUUACGUGACCGGUACAAAUUCAACUUCACUUGAAAAUAUUCGUAGUAAAAUAAAUAGUUGCAGGAAUUGUAAUAUGUUCAAAUAAAAUUGUAUUUUCUUUAGUACA